CGGCGCAUGUGGCCGCACAAGUAUCCGAUUCAACAUGUAUACAACCCUCCCGGGAUCGCGCUUGAUUACGAAGGCGGCUUUGCGCUCAGAUCGGCGCAUAGUUGUUGCGCGUGCGAGCUUGGUAGGUGAAAACCGCGACGAGAGCGACCGCCGCCCCGGCCAUCAUGCUCAAGAAGACGACCACGGCCAAGUUGUGCUGGUCGGAAGAGCCCGCGAGCAUCUGGGACGUCGCCGUGUGUGGCACAAAUUGCGUUUGGAAGGUCGACGCGAGUUCGAGAAUGUCGAGAGCCGAGUCGAACGAGAGCGUUUCGAACGCGUGGAUGUCGAGGCCAGGCGAAGUUGCCGACGCGUUCGUGAGCGAACAGUGGGGGAAUCCCUUGAUGAGUUUCUGGACCUCGCCGUACGCGUCUUUGCAUCGCGAGUUCUUGCGAGCGUUUUCGAGCUUGGCCACGGGAGGAAUCUCGGUUAGCUUGGCCAAGUUUACACCCGUCGACGGAAGGCACAUGAGGACGCUGAAUUUGCUGACGAGAGUGAGCGCUGACUUUUGGAUCGCGGCCAAGUCGCACGUGUUGGGCACAGUCGGGUACACAGCGACCUUGACGGCUGACACGACCAUGCUCCACGUGACACUUUGCACGACGCUCAGUUCCAAGCACCCCUGUUGCGCCGACAAGGUCUGGACGUCCUUGAAGAGGGACUGGCAGUUGGUGGACGCAAUGAACUUGUCGCCUUGCUCUGCGGACGGAAUCACCUUGGCAGCAAGUUGGUCGGGGGUGAUGUUGGCAUCGCUGGCGCAAGUGGCGAAGAACGGGCUCGCUUGCGUCAAGUUGGCGACACCCAAGUAAUUGGCCUCGACGCAGCGCGGCAACGGGGCGGCGGCAGAAGCGACGGACGCAAUCGCGGCAACGAAUGCGAUGCACUUCAUCG